UGUUAUACAAAUGAGUGCAAUAAGAAGACGCGUGUCUAAUUUUACAGCUGUAUCCCAAACGGCUUCCGUCCAGUCACCAGUGAGACCCUACUCUCCCAACCAACUAACCGUUUACUUAAUCUUAAGCGGUGAACUCUCUCUUCUUUACCCGUUAACUUCUAAUCUUCCUUCACUUUCUCUCUCCUCUUACCGGCUUAACCUGUCACCCCUCCUUUUUCCCUCUUCUUAUCCUCCUUAGUCCCUCUCUUUCCGUUAGUAUCACUAUAAAUCACCUUCCCUACCUCUCUUCUCUCCGUUCCAUUCUCUCUCUUCUCUCUUUGUAUAUAAAUAUAAAAUUAAAAAUAUAACCCAAAUUUAUAAUUCAUCAGAAUAAAUAAACACAAAUUUACGAAAUCAAUUAAACCCACAAAAAAUGUUUAAUACCUGUAGUAGUAGCAGUACUUACACCAAGAUGAACCGGAAAGAGGUGGACCGGAUAAAAGGUCCAUGGAGUCCUGAAGAGGAUGAGGCCUUGACUAGGUUGGUACAAAAACAUGGUCCAAGAAAUUGGUCUCUGAUUAGUAAAUCUAUUCCCGGUCGCUCCGGUAAAUCGUGCCGGUUGCGGUGGUGCAAUCAGCUUUCACCGCAAGUUGAGCACCGGGCUUUUACGCCUGAUGAAGAUGAUACCAUUAUCAAAGCUCAUGCUAGGUUUGGUAAUAAGUGGGCCACCAUUGCUAGAUUGCUUAGUGGUCGCACAGAUAACGCUAUUAAAAAUCACUGGAAUUCUACCUUGAAGCGUAAAUGUUCUGCUAUGGUUUGUCCUGCUCCGGAUGAUUUUUCCGGCGAUUUUCCUCAACCGCCGCCAUUGAAGCGUGCUAUGAGUGAUGGUACUGAUGUUAUUUUGAAAAAUGUUUCUGGUUUGACUUUGAAUAAUAAUAAUACUAAUAAUCCUGGUAGUCCAGGAUCGUCCGAUGCGAGUGAUUCUGGUUCAUAUAUUUUCCGACCGGUUGCGGUUCCCGGUCCGGUUAAUAUUGUUCCGGCGCCGAGUUUUCCUCCUAUGACCGAUCUGAGUUUGUCGCUUCCUGGAUCGGAUUCCUGUGAAGUCGCGAACUCGGAUCCUGAACCGAUGACGAUGCCAAUGGUUGGAUCUGAGAUUCAGGCUUUUCCGACGAGCUCUUCCGCGGAUACUUCGCCGGUGAAGGUGAUGGCGACGCCGACAGCAGUUGCGCCACCAACUGGUGCGUUUAGUCCGGAAUUUUUAGCGGUGAUGCAGGAUAUGAUAAGGAAAGAGGUGAGGACAUAUAUGGAAGGAUUAGAGGUGAGCAAUAAUGGAAUUGGACUAGGUUAUGGAGGAUUCAACAAUGGCGGAUUCUGUGCACAGGCGGCGGAUGGAGUUAUGAGAGCUGCGAUGAGUAGGAUUGGAAUCGGAAAGAUUGAGUAAUGAUUACGAUGGAAGAUGAGAAAUUGAACAAAACUGUGGAUUAUCUAUCUUAUGCUGAUGAUGUAGAGAAAUAAGUUUGAGUAUGGAUUAGUGUACAGUGAAGAAGAAUCAGCAUAGAGGAAACGAUGAAUCAAUGAAUGAAGAUGAUGAUGAUGACGAAAAAAAAUUGAGUGAUUGAGAAACAAAAACUUGUUACAAAACAAAAGAGAAUGAGGGAAAAAAGAAAAAAAAAAUUUACAUUUUCAUGUUUAAUUUUUCUGUUAAUUUAAUAGAAGUAUUAUUAUUGUUUAGGUUUAAAUUUAAUUAAAAUAAAAUUAAAUUAAAUGUGAAAAAAUUGGUUGGAAUCAAAUUAGAUUAGGAAAAAAGAAUUAAUUUUUGAUUUCAAAAAAUCAAACGGAUCUAUAAUAUUCCCAACAAAUUAUGGUUGAAAA